AUGUUCACGGCGCAGUUCCCUGUUCGUCCGCUGGGGGGCGCUCUAGCCCGCCGCGCCGGUUACAGCGCGUUGCCUUUUAACCCCAUUAGUGCUCGUUCGCGGAAAGGCGGCCCCGGGCUCCCCAGAAGCCGGCUAACAGCGACUGGAAGGCGGGCUGGUUUCUCCGGGGUAACCUCUGCUGCUCUGAGUUCAGCCAUGGUGUUCAUACAGAGCUACUGUGGAUCAAAUGUCUCCAUCUCCCACACCUGGGUGGAUGAGGGCAUCUCCCCCUGCUUCUACUUCACACUGGUCCCCACCAUCCUGCUCACCAUCGCCUUCUUCCUCGGCACCCUGCACUGCAUAUGCUACCAGAAGUAUGGCACCACCAUGGAGCCCAAGUUCAUCCCGCGCUCCCGCCUGUACGGCUUCCAGCUGGCCACCUCCGUCCUCCUCCUGCUGCAGUUCCUGGGUGGAAUGGUGUGGCGCUUUGCCACGGCGGCAGAGCUUCCAGGCUACGUGGUGCUGUACGGCUGCUUCUGCGUGGCCGCGUGGGCGUGGGCUUUAGCCACGCUGAGGGUGGAGAGGCGGAGGGUCCUGCUGAUGGACCGGACAAGGGGCCACAGCACCGUCCUGCUGGUGUUCUGGGCUGUUGCUUUCUCAGCUGAGAACCUGGCCUUCGUCUCCUGGUACAGUCCUCACUGGUGGUGGGCCCUGGAGGGCACCGAACAGCAGGUGAAAUUCGCUCUGUGGCUGAUCCGCUACAGCAGCACUGGGCUGCUGUUCUUCAUCGGCCUCAAAGCGCCGGGGCUGCCUCGGAGGCCUUACAUGCUUCUGAUAAACGAGGACGAGCGGGAUGUGGAGAACAGUGGGCAGAGUCUGUUAGGAAGAAGAGAGGAGAACCAGUCCACCUGGCAGGGGUUCAGGAAGAAGGUGGUCCUGCUCGUCCCGUACAUGUGGCCUCGGGGCAAUAUCGUUCUCCAGAUCCUGGUUCUCUUCUGUUUGGGUCUACUGGGAGUUGAGAGGGCCAUUAAUGUCUUUGUACCUAUUUACUACAAAAAUAUUGUGAAUGAACUGACUGAUGGCAGCAGCUGGCGUACUCUGGCCACCACAGUGUGCAUUUAUGUGUUCUUCAAGUUCCUGCAGGGUGGAGGGGCAGGUGCGUCAGGCUUUGUCAGCAACAUGCGCUCUUUCUUCUGGAUCCGGGUGCAGCAGUACACCAAUCGGAUGGUUCAGGUUCGUCUGUUCGCCCACUUGCACUCCCUCUCUCUACGCUGGCAUCUGGGACGGAAAACCGGGGACGUGCUGAGGAGCAUUGACCGCGGCACCUCGUCCAUCAACAGCUUGCUCAGCUACAUCGUUUUCAGCAUCUUUCCCACUAUUGCUGACAUUGUCAUUUCCAUCAUCUACUUCAUCACUUUUUUCAACGCCUGGUUCGGCCUCAUCAUCUUCAUCUGCAUGGCGCUCUACCUCACUCUGACCAUCAUCAUCACCGAAUGGAGAACCAAGUACAGACGGGACAUGAAUCAGCAGGACAACAACGCCAAGUCCAAGGCUGUGGACUCCUUGUUAAACUUUGAGACGGUGAAGUACUAUAACGCAGAGAACUAUGAGGCCAGCCGUUUUGAAGAUGCAAUCUUGAAAUAUCAGGCUUCGGAGUGGAAGACGCAGGCAUCCCUGGCCUUCCUCAACCAAACGCAGAACCUCAUCAUCGGCUCGGGGCUGCUGGCGGGCUCCUUACUCUGCGCUUACUUUGUCACUGAAGGAAAGUUUCAGGUUGGGGAUUUUGUUCUCUUUGGUACUUACAUUAUCCAGCUGUACACUCCUCUAAACUGGUUUGGAACUUAUUACAGAAUGAUCCAAAAUUCUUUCAUUGACAUGGAAAGCAUGUUCAAACUUUUUGAGGAAGAGGAAGAGGUGAAAGAUGAAGUAAAUGCAGGGAAUCUGCUGUAUAAACUGGGAAGAGUGGAGUUUGAAAAUGUUUACUUCAGCUACACAAAUGGCAAGGAGAUUCUCAAGGAUGUUUCCUUCACAGUUUUUCCAGGACAGUCAGUUGCACUGGUGGGACAGUCUGGGUCUGGGAAAAGCACCAUCAUGCGACUGCUUUUCCGUUUCUAUAAUGUCCAGGGAGGCUGCAUUCGUAUUGAUGGCCAGGACAUCUCCAAAGUAAAACAAACAUCUCUGAGAGCUCACAUUGGCGUGGUGCCCCAGGAUACUGUCCUUUUCAAUGACACUAUCAAGGAAAACAUUCGUUAUGGUCGCAUCUCAGCCUCUGACCAGGAAGUGGAGGAGGCUGCCAUAGCCGCUGAUAUACAUGAGAAAAUCAUGACCUUCCCUGAAGGUUAUGAUACACAGGUUGGUGAAAGGGGUCUGAAACUGAGUGGAGGAGAGAAGCAGAGGGUGGCAAUCGCCAGAACUAUCCUAAAAGCGCCACAGAUCAUCCUGCUUGAUGAGACGGAACGCAACAUCCAGGCCUCGCUGGCUAAAGUCUGCGCCAACCGUACAACCGUUGUCGUCGCCCACAGGUCAGAUGUCCAGCUGACCGUUAUUCUGGUUGUUAGUGAUGGCCGGAUCGCAGAGCGAGGGCGGCACGAGGAGUUGCUCCUCAAAAGAGGCCUGUAUGCAGAUAUGUGGAUGAAACAACAGCAGGCCCAGGACUCGGAUUCCUCAUCAGACACAGAAGCCAAAGAUCGCAAAUCUGAGAAGCUGCAGCCAUCGUCAACCUCAUCGGUGACACUGGAAACAGACAUUGCUGUCGAAAUCUUCCAGAAAUCCGCCCCAAGCCCCAUAAGAAAGCUCCAGAAGAAGUAUGCUGCCCAUGUUGCAAGGGAGGCCUGCAUCUCGCCGUGCGCCAUGAUGCUGGCUUUGGUUUACAUCGAAAGGCUCAGACAUAGAAACCCUGAAUAUCUGCAGAAGAUCUCUUCCUCUGACCUUUUCCUGAUCUCAAUGAUGGUUGCCAGCAAAUAUCUGUAUGAUGAAGGAGAGGAAGAAGAGGUUUUCAAUGAUGAAUGGGGAGCAGCUGGGAAACUGGACGUGCAAACUGUCAAUAGCCUGGAGAUGAAUUUCCUAAAUGCCAUUGAGUGGAGCCUCUUCACAGAGCCAACUGACCUAUUCGAUGUCCUAAGCCAUCUAGAAAGCAGCAUUGCUGAACGUCAGGGGUUGAAACGUGGCUGGUUCACCUACACUGACCUGUGCGUGCUGCUGGAGCAGUCUGCCUGGAGUCAAGCCCUCACAGCCAUCUAUCAGCACUUUACAAAGGUAUCCUGCAUGCUGGGCCUGGUCUAUCUCACCAGUUUGGCUGGUCUUAUUGCUACCAGCGCUGUGCUGCACCAGCUGAGUCUCUGCAGAGGUGGCCAGUCCCUGCCCUCCCCACCAGCUGAGAUCAGCCUCUCCCAUCUCCAGACUUCCACAGUAAAUCCAGAAGCUCCUGCCCCACUCCACCGGCCCUCCUGCUGUCUUCUGGCCAAUAAAAGUCUGAAAAGUCAGAGCGGUGAGCUGGAAAUCGGCCACUAUCACAGAGAAAGUCCUCCAGCAGUGUCUGCGCAGACAUCUGUUUUGUGUCUGUGGGGCACUCUGCUCACCUCCCUGAGUCAAAUCCAUCCUGAAAGGGCGUCUAAAAUGGAGGCCAUCUGCUCCGGCUGUCCAAACCUCCUUCGUCUCCAGUGUGGGUUUGGAAACACCUCAGCACUCCUCAGUCCUGAUCCCCUCGAUGACCGUGGUCAGCUAUCGGCGGCGUCUUCAAGCCUCCGCAGAUUUGCAGACCAGAGUCUGGACUUUCAGUCUGGAGGGCCUCCGCCCGUGCCGCUGCGCCCGCUCCACCCGGGGUGUCUGCUGCCCAUCGACAAGGUCCAGGCUCUGCUGGUGCCCGGCUAGACGCGCCCCCGCCCAUCAGCGGCCAGCUCUUGGUACUGAACCAGCACUGUUUUAAAGGCUCAAGUUCCCCAAGUUGUGUUUUUUGUUCACAUCUGGGUGAGCUGAGGCAGCACAGGGUGACUAUCCUUUUCUUGUGCUGCAGAAUAAAUCACAUGCAAAACGAUAGAUGCUCUUAAUUUCUAGCUUUACUGCAGCUUUCACAGGAUAUAUGGAGAUGGUUUCAUGUGUUCUUCAGUAGCAGCAGAACCUCUUUGUUUCGUGUACUUCCCCGAGUUCAGAUCUGUCAGGUAUGAUGAACGGCCUUUGGAAUUCAUGUGUUUUGAGUUACUAUAUUGCAGCUGUAUAUUUCAGGAGGUAAAUGAAAGUGAGUGAAGGUUGCACAGCAAAUCCUAUUGGUUGAGGGCUUCACAGUAGGUUUUUUUGGGGGGGGCUGUAUGAGAAUAAGGGACUAAACUCAUCUAUUCUACACUUCUCUCACCUUUAUUUAUGCCACGUUGCCAUAUGUCCUCCGAUGCAUGCUUAAAGCACUGAUUUUUGCACACCACACGGGGUUUUCUCCAAAGCUCCAUGGUAACUUCCCCUCUUAAUAGAGGACAGGAUCAGAAAAAGGAAGGGGGGCUUAAGGCUGUGUCUCAGCAGCUUAAAGAAUGUAGAAAUAACUAGUUCUAUUUUAUAGUUAGUUUAUUCUCUCAGCUGGCAACAAUAUUCAUCAGGUUUUACAUGGUGACAGGAUGCCGUGUGGUUUUAGAACUUCCCCUGUUUUGGAGUCUUCUGUUGAAGGGAUGGACUCCAGGGCUUUCAUGCAGUUCAUAUCGUGUUCAUUACGUUUUGUGUUUGGCAUGUUAAAAACUAACUGCAGUGUUUUUGCACAUCAGGCUCUGUUUAAGUCUCAAAAGCCAUUUCAUUGGUUAUUAUUACUAUUCUGUCUCCAUAUCUUUGAAACACCAGAGGGAAACGAAAUACCUUUUAUGUGAGCGAUUCCUCUUGGACAUUUACUUUGUUAUCGAACCUUUGACAAAUGGCUAUGAGCAUUUGAAUUUGAUACAGUUUUGAGCACAGACAUUUAAUUUUGUACACAAUGUAAAAAAUAUAUGAUCUGAAACUGUUUCAGAAAAAAACUACAGGUAUUAAUAAAUGCU